AUGAAAAUGAAAAUAAACAUUUCUGUUUUUCUAUCACAAUCUUCAUUCAUUAAACUUUCUAGUAGUAGUAGUAGUAGUAGUAGUAGUAGUAGUAGUAGUAGUAGUAGUAGUAGUAGUAGUAGUAGUAGUAGUAGUAGUAGUAGUAGUAGUAGUAGUAGUAGUAGUAGUAGUAGUAGUAGUAGUAGUAGUAGUAGUAGUAGUAGUAGUAGUAGUAGUAGUAGUAGUAGUAGUAGUAGUAGUAGUAGUAGUAGUAGUAGUAGUAGUAGUAGUAGUAGUAGUAGUAGUAGUAGUAGUAGUAGUAGUAGUAGUAGUAGUAGUAGUAGUAGUAGUAGUAGUAGUAGUAGUAGUAGUAGUAGUAGUAGUAGUAGUAGUAGUAGUAGUAGUAGUAGUAGUAGUAGUAGUAGUAGUAGUAGUAGUAGUAGUAGUAGUAGUAGUAGUAGUAGUAGUAGUAGUAGUAGUAGUAGUAGUAGUAGUAGUAGUAGUAGUAGUAGUAGUAGUAGUAGUAGUAGUAGUAGUAGUAGUAGUAGUAGUAGUAGUAGUAGUAGUAGUAGUAGUAGUAGUAGUAGUAGUAGUAGUAGUAGUAGUAGUAGUAGUAGUAGUAGUAGUAGUAGUAGUAGUAGUAGUAGUAGUAGUAGUAGUAGUAGUAGUAGUAGUAGUAGUAGUAGUAGUAGUAGUAGUAGUAGUAGUAGUAGUAGUAGUAGUAGUAGUAGUAGUAGUAGUAGUAGUAGUAGUAGUAGUAGUAGUAGUAGUAGUAGUAGUAGUAGUAGUAGUAGUAGUAGUAGUAGUAGUAGUAGUAGUAGUAGUAGUAGUAGUAGUAGUAGUAGUAGUAGUAGUAGUAGUAGUAGUAGUAGUAGUAGUAGUAGUAGUAGUAGUAGUAGUAGUAGUAGUAGUAGUAGUAGUAGUAGUAGUAGUAGUAGUAGUAGUAGUAGUAGUAGUAGUAGUAGUAGUAGUAGUAGUAGUAGUAGUAGUAGUAGUAGUAGUAGUAGUAGUAGUAGUAGUAGUAGUAGUAGUAGUAGUAGUAGUAGUAGUAGUAGUAGUAGUAGUAGUAGUAGUAGUAGUAGUAGUAGUAGUAGUAGUAGUAGUAGUAGUAGUAGUAGUAGUAGUAGUAGUAGUAGUAGUAGUAGUAGUAGUAGUAGUAGUAGUAGUAGUAGUAGUAGUAGUAGUAGUAGUAGUAGUAGUAGUAGUAGUAGUAGUAGUAGUAGUAGUAGUAGUAGUAGUAGUAGUAGUAGUAGUAGUAGUAGUAGUAGUAGUAGUAGUAGUAGUAGUAGUAGUAGUAGUAGUAGUAGUAGUAGUAGUAGUAGUAGUAGUAGUAGUAGUAGUAGUAGUAGUAGUAGUAGUAGUAGUAGUAGUAGUAGUAGUAGUAGUAGUAGUAGUAGUAGUAGUAGUAGUAGUAGUAGUAGUAGAGGAGAAGUAUUCAAAUUAGACUUUAUCUCACUUAUUUUAUCCACAUUUUGUGACUGUUAUUGUUUUGGGAAUGUUUUUAAUAUCUGA